AUGAGCGAUGGCAGGCAUUCUACCUCAUCACUUCAGUCUUCAGGUACUGGGUUUUUUGUAGGCGUUACUUCAGCUGAAGAAUUAUCCGAAAAAUAUCAAAAAUUAUUCUCUGAAUUUUCUCGGAUGAAAGCACAACAUUCUGUAUUAAAGAAAGCCGUUAUUAAGGAACAAAAAACUAUUACUUCAUUACAAGAUGAAUGCAAAACCAAGGAACAAGAAUUGCGUACCUCACUACAACAACUCGAUCUUUUAACGUUUCAUAACCAACGUUUAACCAAACGUAUUGAAAGCUUACAGGAAUCGAGUGCUGCGAGGUUAUCACCUGGUUGGUUAGUGGGUUCAGCUAAGAAAGAACUUGAAAAAUCAAAAGUGACUUUAGAGACUACUACCAUAGAACUAAAUAGAAAAAUUGAAGAAAAUGAAAAGUUACAUAAAGAGCUAUUUGAAGUUAACAGUUUAUAUACACAACAUGUGGCUUCUCUCCAAUCUAAAAUAUCGGAAUUGGAGAGAAAAACAGAAGAACUUCAGAUCGAAUUAACAAGAUCUCAUCUUGCUAGCGAAGAGGCCUUGAGUAUAAUACGUCAAGAGAAGCGUGAUGUUGAUAACGAGCUUGACCAAGCAAGAUUGGAGCUACGCGAGAUAAAGGCACUUAUGGAAAAAAACGAGCAGAAAUUGAAAGAGGGUGAUGAUGUAUUGCAAGCUGAAGUGAUUGUGCUUCGAGAUACAUUGGAGAUAAAUCUGGGUCUUUCGCGCGAAUCACAAAUAGAUCAAUUUAGUGCAUUGCGUGAAAAAAUUGAUAAUGAAUCAAAUGAACUUAUCGAAAGUUUUAAACAAUUGCAAUCAAAUGCCCGUGAUUACCUAAAAUCACUCAAAGAAAAGUCAGACACGUCUUAUGAACUAGGAUUGAAAGUUAAAAGUGCUAGUUUAGUAUGGCAACAAAAUUUACAAAAACUAGCGGUAAAAUUGGCUUCUGCUCAAACAGAAUUAACUGUAGAUAAAGAAAAUCUUAUUAAAGUCAACGAAUCUGAUUCGAAUAAGAUCAAGGAUCUAGAAGCUCAAAUUUCUCAGUUGAAAGAAGAAUUAGAUAGACAAAAGGCAACUUAUAAUGGCCUAGCGACAGAAAUGAAUCAGCAACAAGGAGUUGAUAAUGUAGAAAACGGCGUUACUAGCAAUGAGGUAGCACCUUCACUUGUUAACGGAUUGAAUGGAAUAUCGUCGAAUGGUGUAAAUCAUCAUGAUACAUUAGCCAAUAAAGAUAAUUCUGUCACAAGAGAAAAUAAUACAAAUGUUACAUCACAAGAGGAAAAUGAUGAUGACGACGACGAUAAUGAGUCAUUUGUUUAUCCUCAUGACGCUGAAAAAAGAGAAAGUACUGAACCUUCAGACCAACCAAUUAAAGAUACCUCGCGCCCAACAGCUAUAACUGUUAUGACAACACCAAUAACAAGAUCUACAACUGACGAUAUUGAUAUUAACGCAAAUCGCAAUGGUAAUUCAAGUAUUCUCGAGUUGGAGCGAGAUAUAGGGAGAGUUACUAAAAGUGAGGGUGGUGAUGCUAGACAACGAGAGGCUCUUAUUAAAAAUCAUUAUGAAGCCAAAAUAAACCAGUUAAAUGAACAGUUACAAUUGUCAGAUAGUAAAUCAAUGCGAUUAUACAAAGCUUCAAAAAUCAUUCAAGGAAAAUUAGCUGAAGCGGAUGAUGGAAAAGUACGAGCGGAACAAGAAAGGACAAGACUACAAAAUGAAUUGGAUCAAUUGAAGGAAAAAUUACGCGAAGAACAUACAAAUUAUAGAAAACAAAUUGAUGAGAUGACAGAAUGGAUUGGUAAACAAGAAGAAGUUAUUGCAAACCAAGAGCGUCAAUUAGAAGAACUUAAGGCUGGGACUUCACGUUAUGAAUAA